GCACACAACAUUGCGCACAACCACCGGCUGCGCUUGAAAAUGAUUUGGGGAUCAGUUUCUUUGAGCUUUACUGAUAUUUUAUGGGGGUUUCUGGCUUUGUGUUUCCUUGUAGCUUUCUGCGCUCACAAAAUCUCACAACACCUGCCGAUAAGAUAUAAAACAUUUCGUGUUUACGUGUUAUUUCAGGAUCUUAUUCGGUACGGAAAAACAAAACAAAGCCUCAAACGGGAGGACUGGCUGCGUGCGUUUGAUGUCCCAAAAAGGUGGUUUUGGCACUUCUAUGCCAUCUCUGUUGGUUGGAAUAGUCUUCUUCUGAUCUUCUACCUGAACUUCAUAUUCCAGCAGCAGUCAUACCCAUCAUGGCUGACUGUAAUAUUGGACAUUUUGGCAGGUUUACCAAGCACUGACAGUCAAGUUCCACAGCUGUCUACUGUGCUGGUGCUGGUGCUGCUUUGCGUCCACUCCCUCAGGAGGCUGCUGGAGUGCCUGUUUGUCAGUGUUUUCUCUGAUGGAGCCAUACAUUUGGUGCAGUAUGUGUUCGGUGUGUGCUAUUACAUCGUACUGGGGUUAACGGUGCUCUGCUCGGAUCGUUUGGGAAAAGGGACUGGAACGCUCCUCUCUCAGCUGGACUGGUUCCAUGUGGGUGGGAGCGCACUUUUUAUUGGGGCCUCACUGAUACAGCAUCAGUCCAUGGUCCUGCUGGCCAGGCUUCGUACUGGAAAGUCUGGGACAGUGGAGACGCUGGCUCACAGAGUGCCAGAGGGAGGCGGGUUCAAGCUGGUGUCAUGCCCGCAUUACUUUGCUGAGCUGCUGAUUUACGUCUCACUAAGCUUAGUUUUCGGAGGCCUGUCUCUCACCUGGUGGCUCGUUGUCUUUUAUGUGCUUUUCAACCAGGCUCUGGCAGCACAGCUUUGUCAUGAUCUGUAUAUGAGCAAAUAUGAGUCAUACCCAAGGGGAAGAAAAGCAUUUAUACCUUUUGUGCUGUGAGGACUUGUCACUGUAAAGUCCUAGAAAAAAUUUGUCAGAUGUUUGGAGAUCUGAAGGUGUGGAAGUAAAACUCACCUCAUUGCAGCAUUGAUUGACGAGGUGCUCUCGACCCAGUGAAGCUGCUUGAUAGCCAACAGGAAGUUGGCAGAGACAUUCUUCUACAGCAGAAGUCUCUUCAAGUGAAAGGUGAGCUGUUUCUGAAAGACUGAUGUGAAGAAAUGAGCAAUGACACAAAUUAGUUUUUCAUUGCAAGACCUUGUUUUUAUUAUAAUAAUGUGCAUUCAUGUCAUGACACAUAUUACAAGAAACAAAUCUAUCUCGUUAGAGCUCAUAAGUUCUGUUGUUAAAUUAAGGAAGUUUUAAAUGCUUAUUUGAUAAAAGAAAAGUUUUA